AUGAGUCUGGCCAGCACAAGUACAGAAUCUGAAGUUUCAGAAGAUGAGUUGGAGGAUUGUCCUUUGGGUCAGGAUGGUGACUGUGGCACUGAAAGCCCUGCAAAGCUCCCUUCCCGCACAGAACGCUCAAGUUCUUCCGGCCCCAGUGACACAGAGGAACUCAAGGUGGUGAAAAGGCUUAAUCGUCCAGUGCGGUCCAAAGCGCGAAGAGCUACUGCCAACAUCCGAGAGCGAAAGCGUAUCUUGGACUACAAUCAGGCUUUUAAUGCCUUACGCACUGUUCUCAAGCACGACAUCAGUGGAAAGCGUCUAUCCAAGAUCUCCACGCUACGCCGUGCCAUCCACCAUAUUUCAGCACUGUCUUCGUACCUGGGGACGCAUUCAACCAUGGAACCAGAUGCACCAGCCUGCACCCAUACAGAGUGCUACAGGCAGCCAGAAGAGAAUGAUUGGCUACCCAGAAAGACAAUACAUUUGCAGAAACCAGUGGAGAACUACCUUCAGUCAGAGCUCCAGGGAACCCAUGACCACAUGGUGUCCCCAGAAGAACCUGGGAUUUUGUAUCAGGAUAUAUUAGGCUCAGCACUCCUGUGUUCACCAUCCCCACAAUGCAGCCACUGCACCAACAACAGUGAGCUACACAUGAACCAUGUACAUUAUAGUCACCAACUGAAUGACCAAAGUACUGAAUAUUACAGUGUGGGGCCUGGAAAUCAACAAGCAAUGAGGGUCAGCUGUCAUCAGAACCAAAUGGACACCUAUGCAGAUUCUGCUACAGUGCCUUUGGCUUGGCAACUGGGUUACCUGCAAUGUCAUGGAUUCCAGCAUUCUCUGAGUAUUCAAUGA